CAGCAACACGCUGUGCUUCCAAUAUAUCGGACAGUUCAGCACGACAAUCGCGUAUUUGCAUUGCGUGCCAUGAUGAAACACAUUGAUCGGAUCCCAUGACGUUUCGUUGCGCUGCGAUGAUUCCGGUUGCAUCCCGCGGAUUCGGACGACGCAACGUGACUAAAAUCGACGUAAUCCGCAGAUUGAGGUUAAGAAAAAGAAUUUCGAAGCGAUCGAUGGGUUCGAGAAUUUGGAUGUGGAAAAAUAUACCUGGCGUUCCGGGCAGAUGCAACGACGUGCUUUACACGCUGCCGAUGUCGCAGCCUACACGCGACAUCCUCGUGUUCUUUGGCGGCGACGUCCAAGAUAUUCAAAUAAAUAUGGAAAAACAUCCAGACAGUAAAGAAUACGUCAAGUGGAGUCUGGACAACACGGCAAUCAUGCUCUCAAAACAGUUUCCUAAAUGUCAUAUAUUUGUGGUUCGCCCAUCCAGAAUGACAAUAACCAAGCACGCGGUGUUCAGUUGUUUCGACAACUUUGUUCCGGGAGACAAAUACGGCACACCCUCAUUUUGUCCCAUGCACAAAGCGUUGAAACACACGAAAGAACUUCUCCUUUGUUGCUUGGAACGUGUUAAAACAUUAAACCUGGAAGAGGACAUCGACGAUUUUAAUAUUGAAACAACAAAUGUGAGCCUAAUGGGUUUCAGCAAGGGUUGCGCGGUUUUGAAUCAAUUUCUUUACGAAUUUCAUUAUUACGACGAGAAUCCGAACACCGACGGCAAUACGAGGAAUUUUAUCAAACUUAUCAAAGAUAUGUGGUGGCUGGAUGGCGGGCACAACGGUUCGAAAAACACGUGGAUUACGGAUCAAAAUAUAUUACGAUCUUUCGCCAAAUUAAGAAUAGACGCUCACGUACACGUCACCCCGUAUCAAAUGCAGGACUUUCAUCGGCCGUGGAUUCACGCGGAAGAAGGUGGGUUUAACGCGACUUUGAAAAAGUUGGGAGUUCCCGUACAACGGACCUUACAUUUCGCCGAUAGGGAGCGAAGUUUGUCAUCACACUUCAACGUUCUUACGGAAGUUAAGAGUAACGUAGGAUAAAAAAAAAAAAAAAAACUUAC